CAUGACACAACGGGAACCAAGAUGAAUCAUCAUCAUUACUCUCUCGUCAUCUUCCACCUAAUUCUCUUCCUUUCCCUAGAUUUUCCCACACUUUCUCACCGUUUCUCGCCGCCGCUACAAAACUUAACUCUCUACGGCGACGCCUUCUUCCGCGACCGUACAAUCUCACUAACCCAACAACAACCUUGCUUUCCCUCCGUCACAACACCACCGUCAAAACCAUCUUCCUCCGGCAUUGGACGAGCUCUCUACGUGUACCCAAUAAAGUUUCUCGAACCUUCCACUAACACAACCGCUUCUUUCUCUUGCCGCUUCUCCUUCUCCAUCAUCGCUUCUCCUUCUUGCCCUUUUGGUGACGGCUUCGCUUUCUUGAUCACGUCUAAUGCUGACUCAUUCGUCUUCUCUAAUGGCUUCUUGGGUCUACCAAAUCCUGAUGAUUCUUUCAUCGCCGUUGAGUUUGAUACUAGAUUUGACCCGGUUCACGGUGACAUCAACGAUAACCAUGUUGGAAUCGAUGUUAGUUCAAUCUUCUCUGUUUCUUCCGUUGAUGCGAUUUCGAAAGGGUUUGAUCUUAAAAGUGGGAAAAAGAUGAUGGCUUGGAUUGAGUAUAGUGAUGUUCUUAAACUGAUUAGGGUUUGGGUUGGGUAUUCUCGUGUUAAGCCUACUAGUCCUGUUUUAUCAACACAGAUUGAUCUCUCUGGUAAAGUUAAAGAGUAUAUGCAUGUUGGUUUCUCUGCUUCGAAUGCUGGUAUUGGGUCAGCUUUGCAUAUCGUUGAGCGGUGGAAAUUUAGGACCUUUGGGUCUCAUUCUGAUGCGAUUCAAGAAGAGGAGGAGGAGAAAGAUGAAGAGUGUUUGGUUUGCUCAGGGGAAGUUUCCGAAAAUCCGAAGGAAAUUCAUCGUAAAGGUUUCAACUUUAGGGUUACAGUUGUUGGAUUAAAGAUACCAGUUUGGAGUCUUUUACCUGGUUUGGCUGCAAUUGUUAUCCUCGUGGCGUUUAUUGUUUUCUCAUUGAUUUGUGGCAAGAAAAGGAUUAGUGAGGAAGCUGAUUCGAAUUCGGGGCUUGUUCGGAUGCCUGGAAGGUUAUCCUUGGCUGAGAUCAAAUCCGCGACGUCGGGUUUCAAUGAGAACGCAAUCGUUGGUCAAGGAGCUUCUGCUACUGUCUAUAGAGGCUCUAUUCCUUCCAUUGGAUCCGUGGCCGUGAAGCGGUUUGAUCGAGAACACUGGCCACAAUGCAACCGUAACCCUUUCACCACAGAGUUCACCACAAUGACUGGUUACUUGCGGCACAAGAAUCUGGUUCAGUUCCAGGGGUGGUGCAGCGAAGGAACAGAGACGGCCUUAGUGUUUGAGUACUUACCUAACGGAAGUUUAAGUGAAUUCCUACACAAGAAACCCUCAUCUGAUCCAUCAGAAGAGAUCAUAGUACUCUCUUGGAAGCAGAGGGUAAACAUCAUUCUCGGUGUGGCUUCCGCACUUACAUAUCUACACGAAGAAUGUGAGAGACAGAUCAUCCACCGUGACGUCAAGACCUGUAACAUAAUGCUUGAUGCCGAGUUUAACGCCAAGCUUGGUGAUUUCGGGUUAGCUGAGAUAUAUGAGCACAGUGCGUUGCUAGCUGGACGAGCUGCUACACUCCCAGCAGGUACUAUGGGUUACUUGGCACCAGAAUACGUGUACACAGGUGUGCCCUCUGAAAAAACAGACGUGUACAGCUUUGGAGUGGUGGUUCUGGAAGUGUGUACGGGGCGUAGGCCGGUGGGGGAUGACGGGGCGGUGCUUGUAGACCUGAUGUGGAGCCACUGGGAGACAGGGAAGGUGCUGGAUGGGGCUGACAUCAUGCUGAGGGAAGAGUUCGAUGCAGAGGAAAUGGAAAGGGUGUUGAUGGUUGGGAUGGUUUGUGCGCAUCCUGACAGUGAGAAGCGGCCAAGGGUGAAGGAUGCUGUGAGGAUUAUACGCGGGGAGGCGCCGUUGCCAGUUCUUCCGGCGAGGAGGCCUUUGUUGAGAAUCCGACCGGCUAACGAAGCGGAAGAGAUGAUUGUCGAUGGUUUGGUUGGGGAGGAUCUUCCUUGGAUGACUCCUAAAUCGCACUUUAGCUGAUUCCUUUUUUUGGGGCUUUCU